AUGACUGAGACUCAAACUGAAGAGGCUCGUGCCUCAGUUCCUAUGGAGACCAAGAUUGAAGAUGUCAAAAUCAAGAAGAAGCCCUUCUCCUGGCUCGAACCGCAUCCCACGUUCGUCAUCAUCCUCGUCGGUCCUGAUGAGACUCCUUUCGGUAUACAGAAAGAAUUCCUCUGCUCUCGAUCCGAGUUCUACGAAAAGCACUUUUCAGAAACCAAGCCUGAUGACAAGAUUGAGCACAUAGUCAAGCUUCCUGAGACCACAAAGGAAAUAUUUGGACUGGCUCAGCACUUUCUUUACAUGGACAAGGUGAUUGCGGACGAGGCCAAUCUCCCAUCGUACGAGGCUCUUGUUGGACUCUGGAAGCUUGGCCAUAAACUCACUAUCAAGGGACUCUGUGACAAAGCUCUUACCGCUAUGAUUGACUGCCGUCGAAUCACGGAAUCGAUCCCAGCUACACCCCUUCUCAUCCAGGUCUGGAAGGAUACACCUGAAGGCUCAUCGAUUCGAAAGCUACUGCUGUCAUGGACUGCUGAGUACAUGCGCUUUUCGGACGCUCGGGCAGAAUUUGCCAAGUCACUACCCCAGGAAGUUCUCAGCGAGCUUGUAGUUGCCAUGAGCUCCUUCGACACGGUUCCUGCCCCUGAAGCAUCAGCCACCAGUGCUGCCCCUUCUGCAACACCUCGAAAGAACGUUCAUUAUCUGGAGGACGAGCCCGAGAAUGAUGCGAAGAAGACCAGACGAACGAGCGGUGGACCAGUUAGUGCUCCAGCGUCAGCAGAUCGAUCGAUCAAAGCUCGCGGCUCUUUGCCUAAGCCCGCGCCUCGACGUAGGACUAGCGCUGGCUAUGCCGAAGGAUUCUGGACCAGACUCGUUGGUCCUUUCAGAGACGCUGUCGAACCCGUCGAGGAUGGCGUGCCUGACUACUUCGAGAAGGUCAAGCGACCAAUGGACCUUACCACGAUCAAGGCCAAGAUGGAUCGCAAGGAGUAUAACAGUGACGAAGAGUUCGUUGCAGACGUCCGUCAGAUUUUCGAUAACUGCUUCACGUACUGGAAGAAGGGAGACCCAAUGUGGCUUGCGGGGGAGAAGCUCCAGAAGACAUUUGAAGACAAGUUCUCUCACAUGAACAAAUGGAUUGCUAAAAUGGGUGGUGAUGAAGCCGACUAG